ACUGCUUCAGGCUAAGGAGGUGAUCAGAGUAGAGAGCGGGAUGUCGGAGCUGAGUGAUGAAGCCAGUGAAUCGGAGCUGCUGAGCCGCAGUCUUACCAUGUGGCAUGGGGUCGGGCAGAUGAUCUGCAGGGAAGAGCUGGACGUUCCCCUGGACUUGCACACAGCCUCCUCAGUCGGCCAGUAUGAAGUGGUGCAGGACUGUAUUCAGCGUGGAGAUGUGGAUUUAAAUAAGAGGAAUUGUGGUGGCUGGACCCCACUGAUGUACGCCUCCUACAUCGGCCACGACACCAUUGUGCACCUGCUGCUGGAAGCGGGAGUGAAUGUGAACAUCCCAACACCAGAAGGGCAGACGCCGCUCAUGCUGGCCUCCAGCUGUGGAAAUGAAAGUGUUGCUUACUUUCUUUUACAGCAAGGCGCAGAGCUGGAGAUGAAGGAUAUUCAUGGUUGGACUGCUUUAUUUCACUGCACCAGCGCCGGACAUCAGCAGAUGGUCAAGUUCUUACUGGACAAUGGGGCAAACGCCAACUGCAAGGAGCCAGUGUAUGGAUAUACACCACUGAUGGAAGCAGCUGCUUCUGGCCAUGAGAUAAUUGUUCAGUACCUUCUCAACCAUGGAGUGAAAGCAGAUGUCAGAGAUAACACUGGAGCUACAGCACGGACACUAGCCAUGAAGUAUGGACAUACAAAGAUUGUGGGGUUGAUAGAUUUGCACGCAGCUCCAGUGCCCAAGGUCUUCUGCAGGGGACCAGGAAAAUACGAAGAGCUGAGUUCCUCAGAUGAAUCAUGUUCUGCACCCCAGAGACAGAGACCUGUUCGUAGGACCAAGGGUCCCAGCAUCCAUGAUGGGCCUCAGGCUUUGGCUAAAAUAACAGCAGUUGGAAUUGGGGGAAAGAAGCAGUCUUGUUAUGAGCAGGUCCCUCCUCAGGGCUACGUUACCUUUGGAGAUGAUGGCAGCAGUAGUGAAGCAGGCGAUAUCCGGAACCGAGACGUUACAUCUCCAAUUAAUGAGCAGGAUGUGGAGAGCAGCAGCAGCAGGGGUGAGUCUUGGAACCCGUCUUGGAAGAUAAUCUGGCUUGCAGUGCACACCUGGAU